UUUAAAGCAAUUAAAUAUAUAAUGCAGUUCGACGUUAAGGAAACGCUACCGGGUCUAGCUAGCGUGCUAACGUUAGCUCCGGCUAAGCUAACUAGCAAACCUGACCUGUCACCGGUGGUCGGUUGGGGGGGAAGUCAUAGUCUGGAGAAUUAUUAUUAGCUGAAUCUAAUAACCCGGUUUGUAGACAUUUAAUAACGUUGAGUUGUUAUGGAGCAGCCCCCUGGGAGUUCAGAAGAUCUACAGCCUGAAGAUGUCACCACUUCCAACAUCUCCACUGUGAUUGACCUGACCAGGAAGACCACAGCCCUCAAUGCCCUACGGAUGGUCAAGAGUCCUGGCUGGUACCCAAAUUCCAGGACCACCGACCCGGGAUUACAAUUCUCAGAAACCGGCUCCUCGGACAUCCUGCUUCAAUCAGGGGAUCAAAUUCAACCAGACAAUGCCUUCUCCCACACUACAGUCACUCUCUCCUACGUGAGCAGGUCUCAUGUUUUCUCCACUCAUGACUCCCUAUCUCAACGCCCACCCCUGUACAGCGUGCCGGCUAUCAGCAAGUUCUCCCUCCACCCUCACUGUGACACAGAUAACGGGCUCGUUUGUGCAUUGACCCAGCAUGACUUGGAGCAUGCAGAGGAGCCCAUGAACCUCACUACGCAACAGACUGAACAUUUUCUCUCGUCGGGACCAGAGAGUGUUGUGGCUGGAUGUGGAAAGCAGGAUCCUCUGGGGUUUAAUGGUGAAAGGGUCUCCUGUGAUGAAUAUGUAGAACACCCUAUACGAGAUCAAAACCUUCCUCAGGAAAACAGCAGCGCUUUGGAGAACGGUCAGCUGGAUAGGCAGACGAGCUCUGGAGAAUGCACCAAUUCCUCACCAGACACAAGGGUGAAUGAGGAUGGAGAGAAACCAGAGGUUCUCGUUAAGAAUCAGCACUCAGUGGUGGUCUCAGAUGGCGCUGGAGUGAGAGAUUUGUGUUCACAGAGCAGGGAUUAUCGGAGUCCUCUGGAGGAUCCCGUCUCUCCAUCCGCUACCUCACUGGAUGGUGUGGAGGAUGUUUUUGUCCUCCCUCAGGCCUCCAGCUCUCCCAGCGCAGUCAACUCUUUCCUGGAGACACCUGACAUGAUGUGUGACGCCUCCAGUACAGAAAGGACCGCAAGUGAUGAGAAUAAACCGAGAACACAUCGAAGGAAGACGCUGUUGGAGCCUUUGAUUGACUUGACAGAUGGUGUUGUAGAAAAUGAGCAAAGUAAUGGCGUUCCCCACAUGAACGGGAAUGCAAAGGCUCUAGAGAGAACUCUAAAGCAAAGAAAGCUCCCAGUUCGUUCCAGUAGAGGGACACGGCUGGAGGCCAUUGUCAUGAAUAUCAAUUCAAGCCGGUAUAAUGUGUCCGGAUGUGUACUCACCAAUAAAACAGCCAGUGCCUCUGAAUCAACAACACAUGAUUCCAGCUUUGCCACUCCUAAGAGGAACGACGGCAUGUCGGUGCGGAAGAGGAGAGGCACGGUGCAAAGUAAAGCUAUAAAAGUGAAUAAAAAGGGUAAAUCUUGUAACGCUAACACUGACAGUUGCAAAGACACUACCUCUGAUUCUGAACUCAAGACAAGGAAGAAGCAUAACAGCAUACCUCCAAAAAGUUCUCGCUCUGCAAGUGCAAAGAAAGAAGUGGUGCACCUGCCACAGAUCGUGAAGUCAAAGAGGAAACCCUCAUCGCAGUCGAGUCCUCCGUUUGCUCUGUGCAAGAACUCAAAGAAGGAGCCAGAGCUGCUGGUUCAGCCGGAGCCCUCAGUGGAAGUUCACGUGUCAAGGUUUUCUCCGUCGUCACCGUCAACGUCUCCAAAGAAAAGCCAAGGCCAAACCAAAACCAAAUCCCCUGCCAGCAAAGCAUCUCCAACUGCCAAGACGAAGGCGGCCAGCGCUCCUAAACGGAGGCGGAAGAAACAGAAACCAAGCCAGUUGCCCUCCAUGUUCUCCCCCAAGGAGCCUGAGAUCAAGCUGAAGUACGUUAACUUCAAGGAGGAGAAAAGGGACCAGAGGUUGGAUACAUUCUCUCCGUUUAUCCAUGUGGAGCGUCGGCAGGCGUUGCCAUCAUGUUGCACCGUCGUCAACUACCCUGAGGAGGUGAAGAUGCCACACAAGAAGCAGCAGCAGGCUCACAGCAGCAGCUUCAUUUCUAACGUUGUCCCCAGCACUUCCUGUCUGCAGCUGGGCCGGGCAUCCACCCACAGCCAGCACCAGCGCGCCCUCGUCUGCUGCCUCUGUGGCCAGUCGGCCAACGCCAUCGACCUGGGGGACCUACACGGGCCCUACUACCCUGAGGGGUACCGACCGAGCACUAAAACGCCCACUAGCUCAUCGGGGCUGAAAGAGGAUGAUUACAGUGAUUCUGACUCUUCCUCCUACAGCAUGAGGGGUCGUGGGAGGAAGUGUGCCCUCCCACCCACGGCGUGGGCCCUCAGGCCAGGAGCUCAGCUGAAGCAGAAGGGCCUCAUGGGGACCCGCAGGUGGACAGGCAACGGUACCAGCAGCCCUGCAGCCAAGCGUGUUCGGUCAGAUGCUGGUCCUGAAGAUGUGGAGGACUGGUACAGCCCACCUGUGCUGCCUCUGGAGCCCUGUGAAUACUGGCUCCAUGAGGACUGCGGUAUCUGGUCUGCAGGAGUGUUCCUCGUGAAGGGCAAAGUCUACGGGCUGAAGGAGGCCGUCAAGGUGGCCCAGGAGACGAUGUGUUCGGCGUGCCACAAUCCAGGUGCUACUCUGGGCUGCUUCUUUAAAGGCUGUCCUAAUAAGUACCACUACAGGUGUGCUCUGGAUUCAGACUGUGUCCUGAUUGAAGAGAAUUUCUCCAUGAAGUGUAAGAAGCACAAAAACAAAACUAUCAAAGCACCUCCAGGGAGCCGAUGGGACGACAGGUGACAGUUAACAGAAGCCUCCUGAGCAUCCUGCAGGGGUUCUUCUCCCCCUCUCUGAGCUGGUAACCAUGGCGGCAAGGGACCAGUGUUCUUCUGACUGACAACUAGCACCAACAAACCUUAACUUCAGCUUCUGCUCUUCAACUGCACUGUUAACCCCAACACUGCGACUGGAAGGACCCCGGUCAUCAAAACCUUCCUCGGUCCAGCCUGCCGGUACUCGUCAGCCAACGCCCCCCCGGGCUGAGGAUGGAACUUGCUGAAUUUGCCGUGUGUGGUUAUUUAUACAGGAUUUUCUUUCCUUUUGGAUUAAAUAUGAAUAACAAUCAAAGAUAUUUAAUUUUUUAGAGAUUUUCUAAGUAUUUGAUUAUAUUUGGUUUAUUUAUUCCUGAAUUUUGGGCUUAUUAGCAGUUGUCAGAGAGGUUUAAAUGUGUGUGUAAGUGUGUGUGUGCUGCUUCUUUUACUUUAAGUUAUUGGUAAAGCAGUUUGAUGUAGGAGUCUGAAGCCAGUUUUACGGAGAUUUUGGUUCGUUAUUCUGCUGCCACAUCCAGGGACCACCACCCGUGGAAAAGUCGCCCAGAACGCCGUGGCUGAUGUGGCAGGACGAGCUGAUCAGUGUGUGUUUGAAUGUAUUUUGUGAGGAGGCAUGGCCUCAUGUGAUCGCUCUCUGAACUCCAGGCUCGCCUCUUCCCAUCUGAAUGAAACUUUUUUUGUGUGUAACUCGAAGCACUUUGGUUUCCUGCGUCGGGCUGGGAGCGUUUAACCGCAUCCACGCCGUUUGCCUGUUCUGCCUUUAAAUCAGUUCUUUAAAAGAAAAAAACGUCUGAUCCUGUCAUGGAGAUGAUGAAUGAAUAAUUUAGGCUUGGUUUGACUUCUGCAGCACAUGUAAAACCUCUCCAGCUGCAGAUCAGCUACACUGCACAAACACGAGGGAUGUAGCACUAAUUUGGUGCUUAGCUGAACGUUUGGUUCGUAUUGGUUUGUGGUUCAGCUUAAACUCUUGACUUGAGCUUCAACUGUUGUGAAAAAGCCUCAUCAGACAUACAGAGGUCUCCACAGUUGUCGUACUCUGUAGUUAAGUGGCGCAACAACAAACCGGUGGAUGUACGUACGAGGCUUCCUCUGGAUGUCCUGAUGGCUGAAUGCAGCUUGCGUGCACUUUUCUGUUGCAGUCAGUAAUAAUCGGAGGCACAAAGAGAACUCUGACUCUCUGGGACUGAAUAAAACAUGUACCGCGAUCAGCUCCCAGGGUUGAAUCGGGUGUAGAGGUCCGACUUUAGCCCCUCAACCCGUUUGUUUCAGAGGAAGUCUGUGUAAUCUGUUGCAGUCUUUGUGUACUUCUACAUUAGCACCACUAGGGGCAGCGUCAGGCCGUCUGAGACCGUUAAACCAUGACUGUCGCAGCCUGAGGCAGCUGAAGGCUCAUGAGCAGCAGAAACUCUGAAGAGCCCCAGAUCUCACCCUGAACAUAUGCAGCGACGCUGCGGACGAAGCUGCGUGACUUGUAUCUCCCUGUUUGUUAGUGGAACAACUACAGAUUAAUUCUGCAGGUAUAAAAAAUACCGUUUUAAAUGUGGGACAAAUGUUUCCUAAAACUGACUGAAUUUUUGUAUCUUCAGACAUGCAGGAUUAAUCUGUACUUGUAGAUUUAAUUUCUGCCUGAACUUUUUUUAACAAAUUAAAAUAUGGAGAUAAACGUUAGGAAGCUUUGGUCCCGUUCUAGCUCCGUAUGAAAACACCACAGCUGUUCCAUGUGUGCCAUCGUUUAUGUUCUGCGGUUUGUUUUUAUAUUUGGUUGCAGUGAAAUGUGGGAAUAUUUAGUGUCAGCUAACCUGGAGUUUCACUGCAGUUCUUUCUUUUUUACUUGCAAUCAACUUCUACCAAAUAGAGAUUUUUGGAAUAUGUUCUUACAAAUGUACAAAAUGUUUGUAUUCUUAAUUAAUUUGUUGGUGUUUAUCUCAGGGCCGAACCUCAGAUAUUGUAAUGAUUUGAUUUUUAUGUUCAGAGUUGUUUGUUGUGUUAACCCCACCUUGACGAGAGUAUUGAAACUUGUAGCAGGAUGUGGAUUUUCUCCUCUGUCCUGGUACACACUAACCCUUCCCUUACAUUCCAACGCCUCCACCUGUCAGUGCUGUGGUGUUUUUAAGUUAAAUAUUGGACUUGGACUGCCAACCCAUGUUGUCAUAGCCUUAUGUCAGACUUUUUUGUACUGUCUCGUUCACCUUUUGGAGUGUCAGAGGGCUUGUUAUUGUCAAAAUUAAAUAUUUUGUUCA